AUGAGCACUUUGACAGACAGCCGAGCUGGGCGCGAUGUCGACGCACCUCUCUCUCCACCCGAAACCGAGACGAGGAACUCGACGCCAAACACGGUGUUUUCUCCGCCGUAUAGCCCCCAACAAAAGGUCCAGCAACUCUUGAAAGACACCAGAGUUGCGGCAAGGAAGAAGUUGGAUCAGCUUACGUUGGAGGAGAAGGUCUCGCUGCUUACAGCGGCAGAUUUCUGGAGAACAAAAUCUAUUCCAUCCAAAAACAUACCGUCAGUAAAGACCUCAGAUGGACCUAACGGUGCCCGUGGUGGUAUUUUCGUCGGCGGAACCAAGGCUGCUCUUUUCCCCUGCGGAGUCUCACUGGCGGCAACCUGGAACAAGGAACUGCUCUACGAGGUUGGUCAGCAUUUGGCCGACGAGGCUAAAGCAAGAUCCGCGAACAUCCUGCUGGCGCCGACGGUCUGCAUGCAUCGACAUCCCUUGGGAGGGCGUAACUUCGAAUCUUUCUCUGAGGACCCUCUUCUGACCGGUAAACUGGCUGCUCAGUAUGUCCGUGGCUUGCAGGAGAGAGGUGUGGCCGCAACUAUUAAACACUUUGUUGGCAACGAGCAAGAGACACACAGGCUGACAAUAGAUUCUCUAAUACAAGAGCGUCCGUUGCGCGAAAUUUACUUACGGCCGUUUGAGAUUGCUGUACGAGAAGCGAAUCCAUGGGCUCUCAUGUCCUCGUACAACCUCGUGAAUGGCGUACACGCAGACAUGCACAACUUUGUACUGAGGGACAUUCUACGAGGCGAGUGGGGUUACGAUGGAACCGUCGUGUCCGACUGGGGGGGCACGAACUCAACAGCCGAGUCUAUCAUUGCCGGGUGCGAUGUCGAGUUCCCGUAUUCCCCAAAUUGGCGUUUCGAAAAGGUGAUUGAGGCCAUGAACGAGGGCAAAGUAGCUCAAGAAGACAUCGACCGCGCCGCUGAGAACGUUCUGACCCUCGUUGAGCGCCUCAAGGGCGAUGAAAUGUCAGCAGAGCUACCAGAGAAAGAAGAUAAUCGCGAGUCAACACGGAGACUGAUUCGCAUCGCUGGCGCUGAGGGCCUCACUCUCCUCAAAAACGACGGUGCGGUUCUUCCUUUGAAUCAGAAGACGACCAAGGUCGCCGUCAUUGGACCAAACGCAAACCGAGCCAUUGCUGGUGGUGGAGGAAGCGCGAGCUUGAACCCAUACUACAGAACACUUCCCCUGGACAGUAUCCGCGCCACUUCUGAGCAAGAAGUUACUUUUGCUCAAGGCUGUCACAUCUACAAAUGGCUUCCAGUCGCAUCGCCAUAUUGUACCGAAAAGUCAGGCAAGCCAGGUGUCAACAUUGAUUGGUAUUCUGGCGAUAAGUUCGAAGGCGAGGUGGUUGCUGUACAGAGACGAGUGAAUACUGAUCUGUUUUUAUGGGAUUCCGCCCCCCUUGGCGAGACUGGCCCCGAAUGGUCAGCGAUUGCGACCACUUACCUUACGUCUAAGACUACCGGGAAGCAUACGGUCAGCUUCAUGAGCGUUGGGCCCGGCAAGUUGUACGUCGAUGGCCAGCUUGCCCUGGAUCUUUGGGACUGGACCGAGGAAGGAGAGGCCAUGUUUGAUGGGUCUGUGGACUACCUCGUCGAGGUUGAGAUGGAGGCUGGCAAGCCUGUGGAGCUGAAAGUGGACAUGACCAACGAGCUUCGACCGGUAGCCAAGCAGAAGCAGUUCGGCAUAACGCACAAGUACGGAGGCUGCCGGAUCGGGUUCAAGGAAGAAGAUCAAGUUGACUUCCUCCAGGAGGCCGUUGAUGCGGCCACAGCGGCUGACGUAGCAAUCGUCAUCGUUGGCCUGGAUGCAGAAUGGGAGUCGGAAGGGUACGAUAGGCAGACGAUGGAUCUACCUUCCGACGGUAGUCAGGACCGGCUCAUCGAAGCAGUGGUCAAGGCGAACCCUCGCACCGUUGUCGUUAACCAAUCAGGCACACCUGUGACUAUGCCUUGGGUCGACCAAGUUCCAGCCAUUAUUCAGGGCUGGUACCAGGGACAAGAGGCCGGCAAUGCUCUCUCCGACGUCUUAUUCGGCAUCAAGUCCCCAAGUGGGAAGCUCCCAUCGACUUUCCCGAAACGCAUUCAGGACACGCCCGCUUACAACAACUGGCCUGGCGAAAACCUGAAGGUCAACUACGGGGAAGGUCUGUACAUCGGGUACCGCCACUAUGAGCGAGCCAGAAUCGAGCCGCUGUUCCCAUUUGGUCACGGUCUUUCCUAUACCACUUUCGAAUACGGCCGUCCAUCAAUCAGCACAAAGAUACUAAAGCCUCGGGGAACGAUUGAGGUUGUCUUCGCCGUCAGUAACAUUGGCUCAGUACCUGGCUCCGAGGCCGUACAGAUCUAUGUGCGGGAUGACAAGUCGAGGUUACCCCGCCCGGAAAAGGAGCUUGUCGCUUUUGAGAAGGUGUUCCUAGAAGCCGGGGAAACAAAGCACCUUAACAUUCACCUCGACAAGUAUGCUGUAGGCUACUAUGACACAUCGGUUCCGGGGUGGAUCGCGGAGGAGGGUACCUUCAAGAUUCUCAUUGGCGCAUCAUCUGCUGACAUUAAACACGCCGUCCAGUUCGAAGUCAAAGAGUCGUUCAAUUGGGUCUUCUAG